AUGCCCUCCGCCUCGCACUCCGACGUGCGGCAAAGCGCGCUCUACGCGCCCCUCCGGCGGCGCAUGGUCGAGAACGGGGACUGGGACAGGAUGGCGGCGCGUCUGGCGCGCGAGCUGAACGAGAGCGGGUGGAUCGACCGCUUCAAGGACCGGAGCAAAGAGAUGGCCAGGGGCGGCGGGCUGUCGGUCGAGAGCAUCCUGGCCGAGCUCGUCCCACUUGCAAGCGAGGAGGUGCCGAUCACGGUGAGGAACGAGGUCCUGGGUGCUCUCCGGAAGCUGCUCGAGAGGCAGAUUGACUUUACUUGA